CGGCGCCCUCCGGCGGCUCGGCGGCGCACCGCGCACCGCUGCGCUCCGGCGGGGCUGGGGGACCCUGCGGCUCGUGCCCAGAGAGGAGGAGGAGGGUUCUGCACCUGGAACGUCGGGGUGAGCGACUUUUUACAAGGUCUGAUAGGACAAAGGGUAACGAUUUUAAACUGAAAGGGGAGAUUUGGGUGAGAUGCUAGGGCUAAAUUCUUCACUCAGAGGGCUGUGAGGUGCUGGCAGAGCUGUGGGUGCCAACCUUGGAAGUGCCCCAGGACAUGGAGGGGCCCUGGGCAGCCCGAGCUGGGGGACAGUCAGACCAUGGCAGGAGUGGGGCUGGGGGCUGGGAGGUCCCUUAGGACACAACCAUGCUGUGAUUGAUUAGCCAGGAGCUGGGCAGGGUGCAUCGCUCUGGGCUUUAUGCAUGGCUCAGUUGCACUUUUUGAGGCAGGAGAGUCUCCCCGGGGUUCUCUGCAUCACCACCCCCUCAGGCCACAGAUACUUGCUAUGUUGACAGGACCGGUGCCACGCAGAGCCACACGCUGUCACCAGUGGUGCUUGGCCAUAUUCCCAUGUUGUCACAAACCUUUGAUGCAGGAAGGAAGAUGGGAGGCAAAUCCCAUCCCAGGAGGUUGUAAGUACCCGGGGGCCACCUGUGUGCCUUUUGUGCCUGGGGUUUUGCAUCCUGCACAGGACCCUGCAGUGUGCUCACAGCUACUGCUCAUUGUCAGUUCUUGCAGGGCCCAUACUGGCUGCAUCCAGCUCACCAAGGAGCAGCGCACGGCAUCAGGCACAGUGACAUCAUGAGGCUAGGAAAGCACACAGAAGUGCAGCCAGGCCCCCACCUUUGUCCUGGGCACACAUGGGGUCCUUCUGAGGCUCAGCCAGCCCUGGGGAAAGGCAGAACGCAUUUAAAAAAAGAAAAGGAAAAAAGAAAAAAACCACAACCAACAAAAGAACACUUUAUUUACAUAAAUUACAAAAAAAAAAAAAAAAAAAAAGGAAUCUUGGGCACAGAAAAAAUCUACUCUUAAAAAGGGCUCAGCCCCCUGGGGCCCCAUCACUCAACAGUCCUCUGAGGCCCUCUCCAGGUGCUGCUGGGUUCUGCAGUGCCCCAAGGCAUGGAGCAGGUGUCUGGGGAGGCCCCUGUCCCUCUGCCACCAUGGGAUGGGAGCAUGCAGAGCUCCUCAGGGACAGGGCCGUGGCUGGGAGCCUGCAAACCCAGGAGUAAAAAUGAAGAGGAAAAGAGAAAGUGCCACCGGUACAGGUGUGGGGGUCUGGGUGUGCUGGGGAGGCUGGUGUGGUUCCUGGCUCAUCCGAGGGGGUUGUGACAUUGGAGAGAAAGUGGGGUGAGUGAGGGCAGCGUGCUCUGCGUGGAGGAGGGGUAUGGUGGGCCAUGGCUCAGGGCUAGCAAAGCGUGAUGGACAGUGCAGCUCAGUGCAAGGGAGCUGGGAAUGGGGCUGCGCACCACUGAUGGGCACGAGGGAUGAGUGCUGUGAUGCUGAGGCUGGGCUGGGGGCCACCUUCCUGCUCCUCCAGCCCCUACGCUGGGGCUGCUGCUCCCUGUGAAGGGAUGGGCUGGGGCAUGGCCUCCCCCCAGCCUUCACAAGGACGACAUCGUGGAGUCUACCGCCUCGCGGCCAUUGCACACUGUGGGCACGUACUGUGAGGCCGAGCCUGGUGGGGAAAGGCACCAAUUAUGAGAGGGGGGAUCCAGCAGCAGCCCCCACCUGGGGUAUCCCAGUGCAGUGACGGACCCCCAGGAGCAGCUCUGGGGUGGAGGACUUGGGAUACAGCAGCCGAUCCCUUGGGUGCUGCAGCACCCCUACCUCCUGCUCCGCAGGUCCCCCUCCCAGCUGUCCCCCUGUCCCUCCCCAGCCCAGCCGCACUCACCGUGGGACUGGCUGGAGCCAGCGGCCGCCAUGCUGAAGCGCGCCGUGCCCACGCGGUGGCUGGCCACAUUCUUCUGUGGCUGGAAGAGGAUGAUGUGGAGCUUGGGAGUGAAGAGGCAGCCGAGGACCACCGUGCCGCUGAGGCUCACUGAGAUGCACAUGGUGGUGGUCUGCACCUGGAGGCAGAGGGAUGGAGCCCGACACGGCCGCGGCCAUGGCCAUCCAGGCGUGGUGGAGAGGACAGCUGGUGCGGAGGGCACUGCUGGUGGCGGCCAGCAGCGCACAGCGCAUCCAGGGCUGGUGGCGACGGGUGGGCAGCCAGCGGAGGGAGCAGCAGCGCCUGUGGGUGCUGGCAGAGUACAUCAAGCUGGAGCGAGCCAUUGUCCUGCUGCAGGCUCAGGUCCGGGCGUGGGUGAUGCGGACGGAGUACAAACGCUGCCAGGAGGCCGCCCGCACCAUCCAGACCUGCUGGCGGGAGUACGUGCAGCGCCGGGCUGGAAACUGCACCAAGGAUGUGGAUCUGCACAUUGACAUUGUCCUGGGUAUUCCGGGUGACUGUGGAACCCAGAGUGAAUAAAGCACCAUCCCCACGGAGGGAUGGCCACCUUG